ACAAACUACGAAGUGAAAUGACGCUAAAAUUCUUGUUGGUAUCUUUUGGAUUGAUAAUUUUGUAUUCAGAAGCGAAGCUGAAACAAAAAUUUCAAGCGAAAAGAAAGUUAUUCCAGAAUGUUUAUGGAAAAAUUGAUGGUAAUAUCAGAGACGGUGAUGCUGGUGAUCCACUCAUACUAACAGAUUUGAUAAACGAAGGAAAAAUUGAUGAAGCGCGACACGCCGCCGCAGUAACAUCUGACAUAUUUUUAGGAAUUGAAAGUUAUUCUGGUUACCUCAGGGUUGAUGAUACCUAUAACUCUAUUUUAUUCUUUUGGUUUGUACCAUCGCAAUCUAAUGCCAAAUUAGAUCCUCUAGUAAUGUGGCUUCAAGGCGGACCUGGAGCUAGUUCCAUGUAUGGGCUUUUCAACGAAAAUGGACCGUUUGUGAUUGGGGAGAAUGGAAGUUUGAUACUAAGAGAAACUCACUGGGGUGAAACCAAUUCACUAUUAUAUUUUGACCAACCGGCUGGAACUGGAUUCAGUAAAACUAAUAAUGGAUAUGCACAAAAUCAAACGAAAGUCGGGGAUGAUUUAUAUACAGCGCUCAUUCAAUUCUUCAAACUUUUUCCAAAUUUACGGGAAACUGAUUUCUUUAUAACUGGAGAGUCUUAUGGCGGAAAAUAUAUACCUGCUAUUGGACACAAAAUAUUCAGAAGUAAUCCAACUGCAGAUCUGAAAAUCAACUUGAAGGGAAUAGCUAUUGGUAAUGGUUGGUGUGUACCAGAAUAUCAGUUGAGGUAUUCGGAGUAUGUGCAUCAACAUGGGCUUAUAGAUUUAUCUGUUAAAAACGCCAUGAACGAUAUGGAGGAAAAAGCCAUUCAACUGAUUCAACAAGAAGAGUAUGGUGCUGCUCUAGCUGUUAUGGAGGAAGACUUUGGUUCAUUAUUUUCAUUAUUUGGACAAGCAGCUUCAUAUAUCGAUCCCUAUAACUACCUUAAAGUAUCACUUACUGAUAACGAAGCGAAUUUAAACAACUUUUUGAGUAGAGAAGACGUACGUAGAGCUAUUCAUGUCGGAAAUAAUGAAUUUACCGAUGAUUCUAAUGUGUACACAAAUCUUGAAGAUGAUAUUCCAAAAUCCAUAGCAAAUCUCCUCAUCGAUCUUAUCAAUAACUAUCGAGUUGUAUUGUACAACGGUCAACUCGACAUUGUGGUAGCCUAUCCAAUGAUGAUUACAUAUCUGCAAAAUUUGAAUUUUGAUGCUGCAGAAGAGUAUAAAAAUGCGGAAAGAAAAGUUUGGUAUUCCGAUAACAAUGAUAUCAUGGGUUAUACCAAAACUGCUGGAAACUUGACGGAAAUUCUAGUGAGAAAUGCGGGACAUAUGGUACCUUCAGAUCAACCAGAAGUGGCAUUGAAACUCAUCAAUCAAUUAGUGAGGAAUAUACCCUUCAACUAAAAUUAGUGUUCAAUGACUGCACAGACAGAUAUAUAAGCAUCAUAAUUCGAAUUUGGGCGGCCAAAAUUGAUUUUUCCGAGUCCCAUCAUGUACAAUUUAUGAAAAUAAUAAAUGCAACAAGUAUAGACGAAUAAGUACGUGACCAAAUAAAUAUUUGUCUUCUAAUUAGUCUCUGUCAAUAACAUAGAAUCAAAAACAUAUGAAAAAUGUCAGAGAAAACAGGAUUAAUCGUAAAAAUCGAAAUCACUUUGCUUCGAAAUUAACUAUUUUAUCAUAUUCUCCUCCUUCUAUCCAUUAAUGGAUGUUUGCCACAACCUCUAACCAUUUCAUCCUGGUGGUAUUAAUUAAUUUUCCUGUGGUUGUCAUUCCUGCCCAAUUUUUGACAUUUUCGAACCAAAACACCCUUUCUAGGUCCAAUCCCCUUCAUUCCUCUAGCUUUUUUUCCAUCAAGAAUUGAAGGAAAUGGUACGUUCUCUUCCUAUUCUCCUCAGAAUUUUUUUCUUGCCCUCCAUGGAACACUUAAAAUUCUUCGGUGGAUCCACAUCUCAAAUGCCUCCAAUUUGUUCAUAGUGAUAACUUUCAGUGCCCAACCUUCCAUACCUUACAAUAGCACGGACCAAAUGUACACACGAUUUUGUGGAUCUUAUUCUGAAAUUAAGGUGAAAGUCAGAUUUUUUUGAUUCCAUGAUCUCCUCGAUUUUUCUAUCCGGCACUUUAGCUUUACGCUCGUUGACCAGACUUCCCUUAACCAAGUUUCCAGAUAGUUAAACUUCAAUCAUACGUUGACAAUAAAAACAUACAAUGACAAGAUGGAUUUUAAACUUCAUGCGCAGAAAAAUUUUAACCAGAAAACGUUGAAUCACUCAACUCUGGAUGUAAGAUGGUUUUUUGAUGGAAAGCUUCAUUUCUGUAAGCUGCAGAUGGAUUCACAACUACAAGAUUUGUUUGACAGUUUUGCAUGACAGUUCAGCUCAAAUGAAGAAGCAAUUGCUGAAACUGAAGCUAUUUGGAGGCAAAAGACGACAAAUCCUUUCACAAACACGGCAUCGAGAAGUUAUAGCAUAUAUCAAUAAAUGAAAUCGAUUUUUGAUAAAAAUAUGUUUUUAUUAGUUAGUCGCAUGACUUAUUCAGUGAUGGUAAUUGUUUAAAUGAAUUGGAUAAGUGAAAGACAGUUUAUAUAAAUUUACCCCACUGUUGGAAAACAGUUUAAAUAAAUGAGAAACUAAGAAAAUCAUUACAAUGUUUCGUAUAAACAAUAACAAAGUGUUUUGUUUGGAAUCAAUUCCGUAUUUGAAAACACAACAGAAAAAGUUAAUAAAUGCUAAGAACUAGCGCUGCGUAGGCAUUUAUUUAUUACUUCGAUAGAUGAUACUUUAAUUGCAUUCUAACACAAUAAACAUUAUACAGGAAUUUUGCUAUAAAACUAAUUAUUCUUCUUAUCUUACUUGACUAUAUAAAAUUGAAGGUAUUUUUUUUCGUUAGCAGGAUUGUCGGAAACGUAGACUGGUUGAAUUAACGAAGUUAUAUAUCUCUUUAAAUGUUUUACAAGCUCUUAUAGUUAAUUCAGUUUCUCUGUCCCUAAUUAAAAUUGCUUUAUAUAGAGUGAGAUCUGUAUAAGGGUCUUGUGAGAGAAUGGAUUGUAUUGUUUUCGAGUGAUUUAGUGCAUAAAGAACAUUUUUCUGAAAUAAGUAAUUUAUACAAUACAUUUAGCAAAAUAUUUAUAAAAGGAUAUCAAUUGGAUUUCAAUACUAAUUUGAUUCCUAAGCAAAAAACCUCCAUAAGUGGAAAGUUUAAUUGAACAAUUUAUUAAUAAUGAAUCGCAGUCGAAUUAUCUAUUGGAAAAUCUAGAAUUAAAUGGGAUUGUUUUCAUUCAUUUUCAUAUUGAUUUUAAGUAAGCAGUUUGACUGUCAGCAUCAGCUCGUACCUACAAAUACAUACUAAAUACGAGGUUUAUCCAGAAAAUAUGUAGAAAAGUUGGAGACAACUUCAUUUUACAGGCUGUAGGCAUCGCCAAGUUUUGCACUGUAGCUGAGAAGCUCAGAACGACUAAGAAUGAGUGGCUGCUUGUUGAAAGUUAUCCUUUUGUGGAAAAGCAAUAUCAAGGAUGUGAGAUGUUUGAGUGUUUGGAGACAAGACAAUCCUCUGAAGGAAACAACCGUGAACAAGGUAAAAAAGGCACCGAGAAGCCCAAGAAGAAAUGAAAUGAGACUCCCGCCCAGGACGCUCAUCGAUAUCGAAUUCCGAAGAAAGUGUUAAACAAAUUCGGAGCUGUGUUCUUAAUGUCCAUAGCUUGACAAUCAGCUAUCGAUCACCAAAACAAUCGUUCAUGAACUUUUGACACAAAAACAUAAAUGAAGAAAUCAUACCGAAAGUCUUGACUCCAGAACAGAGAUCAAAGAGGAUUCAGUGCUGUGAGGAUUAAAUGAAAACAAAGGAAUUCGAUGUGUAGCUCAAAACUAGCAGGAAAACCGAUAAUAAAGAAGUCGCGAAGCUUCAAUGUGAAGUCGAUCUUUAUUAUUUUCUUUGAUUCUAAGAGCAUUGUUUACAAGCAAUUUGUAUCUUCGAGCCAGAGAUCGUAGAAGUUUUGUCAGGUGGAUCCUUCAUCAUGACAAUGAGCACACUCAAACAUCACUCAUAUGUCUCGUCUCAUUCACCCGAUCUUGAUCUUUGUGACUUCUUUUUGUUUCUUUCGUGGAUGGAACUUGGGAGAUGUGGAAACCAUCUAUGUACGAAUGACUGUAUCUGAACAGCAUCAUAUCUGAAGACUUUCAGCAGUGGAAACCUCAUUGGUAGAAGUGCAUUUUCUCUCAGGGAAAAUACUUUGAGGAAGACCAUAAUGUAAUACCUGGAUAAUUGUGAAAAUAAAGUUAUUAAUUAAUUAACAAACUUAUUAAUAUAAAACAGUCAGUUAAAGUAAAAAUUUUUGAUAUAAAUUUGAGGAGGGGAAUAAUUUUUGUCAAAAAAAUAAUAUGUGAAGAAAAAAUAGCUUUUAACGUAUAAAAAUAUCUUAAGAAUAGUUGAAGUUUUCUAUGACUUCUAUAGCGGUGAAUACAAUCUAUAAAUU